UUGUAGACAUGAAGUCCAUCCUCUCUCUCUCAUCUGUUCUGUUGUUUGUAGAGCUCUGCUCAGGUGAGUGGUGCUACCAGAGUCAGUUGUCCUGUCACGACACAUGUAGAGGGCCUUCAGAGUGGAAGAAUAAUUUUCCUAAUUGUGGAGGUCAGAGACAAUCCCCCAUCAACAUUGUCACAGGCAAAGUGAAGCAUGACCCAAAACUGACCAAUUUUAUCUUCGAGGGCCAUGAGAAAUUGUUCAAUAUGAGUGUGGAAAAUCAUGGACAUUCAGCUUAUUUCUCACUCCCUCAAUCUGUGCGUAUCCGUGGAGGAGGUCUGUCAGGCACAUACAAGGCUGUCCAGUUCCACCUGCACUGGGGAGAGAACGGCGGCCAGGGCUCAGAGCACUCUGUGGAUGGAGAGCAAUUUCCUAUGGAGCUCCAUAUUGUUCACAUUAAAGAAAAGUAUGACAGCUUAAAAGAGGCUCUAAAUGACUCUACAGGGGUGGCAGCAUUUGCCUUCUUUUUUGAGGUGACUUCUGGGCAAAACAAACACCUUGAGAGAGUCAUAGAUGCUUUAGGAAAAGUCCGAUAUGAAGGGAACAGCAGUGAAAUUGAAGACUUUAGACUGACCGACAUCAUCCCUCAGGCCAGUAAACUAAGCUACUAUCGGUACUUGGGUUCCCUGACUACACCAGACUGUGACCAGGCUGUUGUGUGGACAGUCUUCAAACAGACUCUGCCCAUAAGCAAAAAACAGCUGAUGUCAGUGGACAAACAGCUGUUAUUCGGAACAGGAAAACCGAUGACUGGAAUAUUCCGUCCUGUGCAGAAUCUGAAUGGACGAGUUGUGUACACAUCUGUGCCAGCUCAGGGUCUGUGUGUCCUGCCCAAUCUAAUCACCCUGUUUCUGUGCCUCUUUUGUGUUUUUGGACAACAAAGGUGUUUGAAUUGAAUGGUAGAGACAAUGUCUCUUUUAACACAGAAUGUUCCAUAUUGAAUUUCCAGAAAAAAAGUAUACCUAAUCAAUCUUUCAAGCUCUGAACUGAAGGUGCUGGAAAAGAUCUCUGCCACUUUGCUAAAGCGGUGAAACUUGACAAUGGAGAAGAGGUUUCUUAGUUAUUUUCUGUUCAAAACUAUUAAUUGUCUCACUCCCUGUUGAAAAAACAGCAUAUGGGUCAUUCUAUAAUUGUACAUCUCAUGUCCAUGAAGUAUAUUUUUAAUCAUCAAUAUUUUUCUCAGUCACACUAUUAUAUGUUGAAAAAGUCAUAUAUUUUGUUCAAAAAUGAUGUUCAUAUCACAUACAACGCUGGUAUUCAACUGUCCGAUUUUGUAAAGUUGCUCAUUCUACUCUGCAUUUAAGCAUGAAAAUUACCUCAAAUAUAAAUUAAUUUCAUAGUUUUGCCUUCAGUUAGAUUAGGUUAUCAAGACAUUAGGGUGUGCACUCAAAAAUAAUAAGUGUUUAUUGUGAUAUAACUUGUUUUAUUUGUAUCUGAAAACAUUGUCAACUACUAGAAAGUAGUACCGCUAGAAACCCCCCCUCAAAAAGGAAUGGUUUGUCCCAUUCUCGCAUAAUUUGCAGUAUGAUGAUAUUUCGUCUAGAAGCACAUGGAUAAAACACUAUAAGCUCUCUCUCUUUCCCCUAAUAUUGGUUAAACUAGCAAACCUGUGUCAAGAGUGGAUUCAUUUACUGUCAGCAGUGUCAACCAAAUAUAAUUGCUGCAAACUUUAACAAGACAAUUUAACUAAAACUUAAAAUAUAUUUCAAAACAUACCAUAUGCUUAGUAGUUCUAGGCUUUCGUGUCGAGUAUAGGCCCAAGACACUAAAAAAUGUCAACUAAGUUACCUGUCAACUGUGUUACCCAGUAAAGGUAACAUGGUGGACAGUAUUAAACAUAGAUGGUAUUUUAUGCACAUAUUCCUACAGAUCAUAUUUAUUUAUACAGAACUUUAUACAAUAUAGAUUGUUUUAAAGCAGUUAUAUAAGGUCAUUUUUGGGAAAAAGGAAAACUUUUUUCUUUACAUUGUCAAAUUCUAAAUGUACCCCUAAUUAUAGAACGACCCAUAUGCUGGUUAGGUAUGUUUUGAAGCAUGGCUGCUGGUUUGAGCUGGUUUAAGCUGGUUCUUAGCUGAUCAUAUGCUGGUCCUAAGCAACUAGCUCCUGCUCAGGACCAGCUUAGGACCAGCUUAAAGGAGAAGUUCACUUCCAGAACAAAAAUGAACAGAUAAUUUACUGAGCCCCUUGACAUCCAAGAUGUUUGUGUCUCUCUUUUUUUAGUCGAUAAGAAAUUAUGUUUCUUGAGGAAAAAAUUUCAGUAAUGUUCUCCAUAUAGUGGACUUCAAUGGUGCCCCCAAGUUUGAACUUCCAAAAUGCAGUUUAAAUGCAGAUUCAAAUGGCCCUAAACGAUCCCAGUGAAGGAAGAAGGGUCUUAUCUAGCAAAACGAUUGUCAAUUUGUUAGAAAAUGACCAAUUUAUAUACUUUUUAACCUCAAAAGCUCGUCUUGUCUAAAUCUGUGUGAACUCAGUUUUUUCCCGGUUUAAUACGGUCAAUACAGUUAGGGUAUGCCAAAAAACUCCCAUCUCGUUUUCUUCCCUAACUUCAAAAUCGUCCUACAUCGCUGCAAAAAUACCGACCCAGUGUUAACAAAGUGAACAUGCGAAGAAGAUCAAAAACACUUUACAAAAGAAACAUAAAACAGCAAUGUAGGACGAUUUUUGACUUCUUUCUCGGCUUGGAUCGUUUAGAGCCAUUUGAAACUACAUUUAAACUGCAUUUUGGAAGUUCAAACUUGGGGGCAGCAUUGAAGUCCACUAUAUGGAGAUAAUUCCUGAAAUGUUUUCCUCAAAAAACAUAAUUUCUUUAUGACUGAAGAAAGACAUGAACAUGUUGGAUGACAAGGGGGUGAGUAAAUUAUCUGUAAAGUUUUGUGAACUUUUUUAAACUAGCAGCUAUGCUUCAAAACAUACCUAACCAGCAUAUGCUGGAUUUUUCAACAGCGAUGGUAGCUCUUUUCAUGUCUUCAGAUAUUCUCCUUCAGUCCUGGCAGCUUUAUCUGGCUUUGAUCAUUUCAGUAUUCCCAUCCAAUUCCAUUACUUUUUUUUGGUUGUUCACGAUUACUGGAUUUAAAGUGUUUUAAAAUAAUUUUAUAGAUAUCUGCUGGGAAGGAUUUCCAUUUAUAUGUCAUCGUACCAAUAAUUAUACUUGUGUAUAAACAUCUUGGGAUUUGAAUGUGGCUCACUUGAAGCUUUCUGAUCUUCCAUUUAAAUGAUUUCAUGUACAUUUCAAUGACUUUUCCAUUGCUUACAACAUUUUAAUAACAUUUUCAUGAUUUACCAAGCCUGGAAAUGGCAAUUUGUAAAAUGUUCUGAUGUUUAUCUGUCUGUAAAUAGAGUGUUUCAUAUGGCUGUGAUUUGAUGAACUUCACACAAACAUGUAAAACAAAUUGUGUACAUAAGCAGGGCAUGUGGAGUGUAAAUUGUACAUAAUUAAUGUUCCAAAGGUGUUAAUAAAAGUUAAAAAUGAA